AUGAAGUGGAGAAACCAAAGUUUGGUGAAGGAAUUUAUCCUGGUUGGAUUUUCCAGCAUGCCAAACAUAGAGUUGUUUCUGUUCCCUCUAGUUUUGGUAAUGUACAUUGCUACAGUGACUGGGAACAUCCUCAUUAUUGUCAUCAUCAUGGUGGAUGCUGCCCUCCAGUCUCCCAUGUACUUCUUUCUGAGAAACCUGGCUUUCAUUGAGAUCUGCUUCACUUUGGACACAGUCCCUCUAAUGCUCAUCAACCUGCUGGUGAAGGACAAAACUAUCUCCUUCGUCGGCUGUGCCAUUCAAAUGUACUGCUUCUUCCACUUUGGAUGUGCAGAGUGUUUUCUUUUAGCUGCUAUGUCCUAUGAUCGCUAUGUUGCCAUCUGCAACCCCCUGCGCUAUGCCACUGUUAUGAAUAGGACCUUCUGCUACAAGUUGAUGGGUGGAGUCUGGGUGAUUGGAAUCCCCGUCUCACUGCUGCAAGCAGCUUGGAUCUUCAAUCUUCCUUUUUGUGGUCAUAACAAAAUCAAUCAUUUCUUUUGUGACGCCCCACCAGUGUUGAAGCUGGUCUGUACAGACACCCACCAAUAUGAAAUGCAAUCCAUAGCCUCCACCCUUGUUUUCCUCAUGUUCCCUUUUGUGCUCAUCCUGAUCUCCUAUACCCGUAUCAUCACCACCAUGCUCAGAAUGUCUACAGUAGAGGGUAGAAGCAAGGCCUUCUCAACUUGCUCAUCUCAUCUCAUUGUGGUGAUUUUGUUCUAUGGAAGUGGGAGCCUCGUCUAUCUAAGACCCAAAUCCAACUAUUCACCCGAAGUCAAAAAAAUACUGUCUUUGUUCUACACAGUUGUCACUCCUAUGCUAAAUCCCAUUGUCUAUGCUCUGAGGAACUAUGAAGUGAGGGAAUCCCUGAAGAGAACUCUAGGUUGGAAACUCUUCUCGCAGACUGUAUAG